AUGAGGCCUUUUAGUGAGAUCCUGAAGGACCAUCUUGUUGUCGCUGUGGUUGAACAGGCGCAAGAAGAUGGCAGGAUCUCUGCUGAGAAUUGGAGGAAAGUUGAAAGCCGACUAAUGGCGGGCUUUCCUCAAAUCAUGAACGAUAAUCCAGGCCCAUAUCCCUUGUGCAGAGACCAAGGAUGGCACCAGGGAUUUGUCAAACUUGUGGCCUGUGCUGACGGCAGGUCUCUCGACCUGUAUAAAAAGGCGAUAGCAGGAGUAGGGGAAGUUUGGCCCGGUGCUAGGCUUGCGGUCGUUGCGAAAGACCAAAUCCCAAGCAAACCGCGGUCUCGAGCUUGGAUUCCAGCUGAGCCGUCGAGCACUGAUACCAUCUUGGAGAUGAUCAAAUUGGGCAAUCCCAACUUACCGGCAGGCCCUCAUAAUAAUAAAUAG